AUGUCAGUAUUUCUAGAUUCUGAAAACCUAAUUAUAAAAAACUUCUGGACCCUUGAUACGAGGGAUAAAUUUCCAGAAACUUUUAGAACAACAGUUCAGCAUAAGAAAAAAAAUGAAGAUCUGAUAGAAGCCACCCUUAUACUCAGCCAAGAUUGCCUAGUUAAGAUUGGUACUAAUUCUAUAAAGAAAUCAACACUGCUUGAUUGGAAAAUUGUUGAGGCUUUCGAAGAAGACAACGGUGAAUUGAGAAGAUUCGGCUUUUCUGUCAGCACUCAAAGCUGUAAGAAAGAUUUUUAUGUAAAAAACGAGGAAACUCUAGAAGCAUGAAUUAUGCAUCUAUCCUCAGUUUGUAUUAUGGCAAACUUCAAAAUUGAUUUUUCACUGAUAAAGCAAAUUGGCAGUGGAUCUUUUGGAACCGUUUAUUUGGCAGCAAGCAAUGACACUUGUGAUAUGUUUGCAGUAAAGUCUAUUGACAAACAUAUUAUAAUUGGUCAUCAAGUGAACCUAUCAAAUCUCAUGAAUGAAAUACAAUUCAUGAGGAAGCUGAAUCACCCAAAUAUAGUUAAACUUCAUUAUGUUUAUGAGAGUACAACUCAUAUUUAUUUAUUUAUACCCUCUACUGGUGAAUAUAAAAUUUUUAUUUUGAUUUGUCUCAUAUAAUCAAUACCUGCACAAAUAUUUUAGAGUAUUAUAGUUAUUGACUAUUUAGAGGGAGGUGAUUUGUAUGACAGGAUCAUGAAAAGAAAAAAAUUCAAUGAACAAACAGCUGCAAGAUUUACAGAAAAACUAUUAGAUGUUGUAAGCUACUUGAGCUCACUUAA